AAGAGGGCGUUGCUCUAUCCGUUAUCAUUAGAGAUAAUUCCCGGUAAUAGAUGGGUGAUAUGCUGACAAAGCUCAGUCCUUUGCUACUGUACUACAGUACCAGGAAGAAGUCAGGCCGUCAUAGUAUCUGCUUGACGAUAGGUCUACAAAGAUCGAAAGAAGUUUAGAGCUAACCUUGGUCUAUCUCUGGAGUCUGGACCAGGUCUAUGCUACAGUAGCCUACAUUAUCUUCGCAAUUCAAAAUGGCUUCACCUUCCGAGCCUUACAUUGAUCUAGAAUGGAGAAGUCAGCAUGUUGCUGUGACAGUUAAGGACUGCCUGUACAUCUGGGGAGGAAACCAACCUCGCCUUCCUCCAGCUCACAAGUCUGCUCUGAAGCUGAGAUUGACUUCAUUUGUUUGUACACUCCGCCUUUCGUCUGGAAGGUGGUCAUCUCAGCAUACAACAGGUAGUCCUCCAUUAGGCGUCAGAGGAUAUGCAUGUGUUACUAAUGGCACUAGCAUCUUGUAUUUUGGCGGGCGAUGUGGGCAUCAUCAAUGCUAUCACAAUAGUGUUAAUUCGCUGGAUACACUGACUAUGAAUUGGUCUGAGCUUCAUCCUACAGCAGAUAAUUAUGUUACUAAAAGAGGAUAUGGUGGUAUGGUAAUGAUGGAGACUAAUGGUGCGAAGCAUCUGCUUGCAAUUGGCGGAUUAGGCUCUGAGUCUGUUGCUGGUCAUCGUCAUUUUCAAUACACAAAAACACCUUCUGGAAAUGUCCGAACUAAUGAGCAAAAUCUUUUUAAUAUCUCAACUAGGCAAUGGAUUAUACCUACUGUUAGUGGACAUUGUUGCCCUCCCACUAGUGGGUUUUCCAUUCAAAAUAUUAAUAGUAAGAAAGCUGUCAUGUUUGGUGGGAGAGUGACAGAGGAUGGAGUCAGUGUGCCCAAUAACAAUAUGUACUUAUGUGAGGUGAACAACAGCACAAUACAUUGGGAAAAUGUUAAGCAACCUGGACCAGGCAAUGGACUCUGGCCUGCAGAGAGAUAUCGCCAUGCAAGCACUACUGUUAUUGGGGAUUCUUUGUCACCUACAAUAGUAAUGAUAGGUGGUGCCGAUAGACAAUUCAAGCCAUUGAGAGAUGGAUGCUGGCUAUUUCAAACUACAAAUCAUAAUUGGGGAAAGAUUGAUCUGCCAGACUCUGUCAGUAACAGAUAUGAUCAUGCUUUGUCGUCUUUUUAUGUGGGUCCUAAUCAUGUAUGGCUGGUGAUAGUGGGAGGUUGUCUGGAAGGAGAGCAGAGAAAUGUUGGGAAGCCUAAAAGAACAUCUCCAGUAUAUGUUCAUGAGCCAGCUUUAACAAUGCUCAUUGAGUUAGUUUUCAUAGAAGGAAAUUGGUCAGUAAUGGAUGUGCUAGAUUUCAAUGCUCUUUCUAGUGAGCACUUUCAAUGGAAGUAUCAAGCAUUAAUCAAUACAAGGCAAUGGUGGGAGGAUUGGUUUUACAAGAAUCCAUCAAAUACUGAUGUUUUGCUUCACAAACGUAUUCAAUCACUGGAAAAUGAACUUCAAGAGUUGCAAAAAAGCCAAUUGACCUUGAAGCAUGAAGCAGAUACCAAACUUCAGUCCCUAAAAAGUGAACUUCAAGUUUCUCAACAAAACAAAGUUUCUUUGCAAGAAGCUCUCCUUGAAGCAGAAAAGGAAUGCGAUAAACUUCAAAUAGACAUUCUUCAAAUAUCCGAAAGAAAAUCUCUGCAAGAAGUAGAAGGUUGCUUUGUUGAUGAUAAUGAUAGUAAAACUUUCACUUUAGCUCUCACUGAAGAAAAACCUAAUGUUCAGUUUUCUGCGGAAAGAGAUAUGACAAUUGCUAAGCUAAAGAAGGAAAAUUUGCAGCUAAAGGAAAAGCUCAACAACAUAUCAUUGAAUGAUGUAGGUGUACAGUGUGACUACUGGACCAAAAAUGAGUUACCAUUUGAUGACAUGAUCACUUUGGGCAGAAAGCUAUGCAUGUUUGAUACCAAAAGCAGUCAUGAGUUGCACUUGGAAGAGUUAGGCCUGUUGUUAUCUUUACCUGAUGGGCUAUAUUCUCCUGAAGAUUGCACAGUAUAUGAAGCAGCUGUUCAAGGUUUAUGGGGAGGAAAUUUUGAGUUCCCUGCAGACACACAUCUCAUUAGCAGUGUGUGCUAUAUCUCUCUCUCUCCUACUGUUUCUCAACUGAAAAAGCCAGUCACUGUACAGCUAGUACAUAGUGCUCAUUUGACAUCUUCAUCUCAGAGUCAAUAUUUAAGCUUUGUAGUAGCUCAAGUUAAUUUGGAUAAACAGGCUGGCCCAUUUAAGUUUGAGUUCUUGCCUGGAGGAUCUUUUUUACCUAAUUCACAGAUUGGUAGCAUUGAAGUUAAAAGCUUUUCAUUGUUAGCUAUUGUCAUGGGUGUUUGUGCUGCUGGAGUCAUAGCUGCUGGAGUCAUAGCUGCAACUAGUUAUACAGCAAAAAAAAAUGCAACUCCUGAUUUCUAUUGCCGUGCCCUGAUGUACAAAAAGGUGUCAUGUAAUCGAGUGAUGCUGAAUUUGACUGUAAUUCAAGAUCUUCCUUCUUGUAAAGAACUUUUAGAGCGAGACUCCACUGUUCAAUUUCUACUUGGUACUGAAGAAACAAGUUUUCGUUUUCCUUCAAAAGUUGAGGCAGAUGACCACUUAAUGAAAGUCAACAACUUUCCCUCUGAACCAAUUGAUGGUUGGAUAGUCAAACCUUUUAAUCCCCCUGCAGCAAUAAAAACAAACGAUGUUUUUGAUUAUUGUGAUAGUAAAAGUGCUGAGCCGCCAUAUAUUCAAAUAUUAGUUCAACCUGAUAAUCCUGCAUGUGCUGAUACACUGUCUCAUACUUUACAUUGUAAUAUGUGUAAUUAUAGUCGUGAUUGGUCUAUCGAAGUAUCAAAAACUGAAAUAUCAUCGCAUGAAAAUAUCCUGCUUGACUCUUCCGGUUUGAAAAACACUCCUAUUAAUCAAGACAUUUUAGCUCUUCCUUGUGGUAUAUUUCGUGAAAAAAUUCAUUUGCUGAGUAGUUUGAUAGGAAAUGAGGCUAUUUUUCCAAGAGUUGUUGAUCAUCUUCUCAGUGAAGACUUGAUCUCAAUAGCGUUCAUUGAUGACAUUAAUUCAAGUAAUAAGUCAGGCUACAAUAAAGCUAGUGAAAUCGUCAGACAAUUGUUUAAAAAUCUGCAAUCAAGUGAUUUGCCACAACAGAUGUUGGAAAAAAUUUGUCAUGUAUUUACUCAACAAGAAGACAAGAGGUUAAAAGAACUUGGACACAGUAUGCUAAGCAGUGUUUCUGCACAAAAAUAAUUAGACGAUAAACAAAUUGAGAAAAUAUUAUUUUAGUACAUUUGAAUUUUAAAUCUUUGUGUUUCAUUUUACCAUAUUUGAAUUGUUUAAAUAUUA